AUGCCAGAUUAUUUAGGGAAAGACCAAAGGAAAGUGAAAGGAGACGACGAUAAAGAUGAAAAACCGUUUCAAGGUAUAGAUCGCGCUAAAAUAAAGCGAUUUUAGAGCCCGACAACAACAAGUGUGUUCAAUAGUUUAUAUUUUAUGUAGUCAGUACUAUUAUGCCUUUUCUAUUGUGUUUAUAGAUUAAAUGAUAUUUUUGUCCGAUUAUGGGUAUAUGUAUGGAUUUUUUAUCCAGUAAUUUAGACAUCCACCAAACUGUGUUAGACUAGCAGUUUUGAUUUCAUGCAAUGCAUUAUUUCACUGUACUGACUGUAGUGUCACUUACUUGAUUGACUGGUCAUGGCCCAAUCAGAACUACUAGGGAUCUGCCUGAUCCAGGUACUGAUAUCGCUCAAAAUGUAGACAUCCGGCACUAUCCGGUAUCCUGUAAAAAUUUGCCGGAUAUUCACCGGAUGGUACUGGAACAAUUAUAAUCACAAAACCAUCUGAAACACAAACAACUAGUCUACUAGACAUGUGACACAUUAAAGCAAAAUUACAGUUAACUUUUUUUGUAAUGUAAACUGCUCUCCGCUGUGUAUUCUCUGACGAUCCUUGUUACCAAAUACUCAACAGACAAUGCCAAAAAGUUAGUGACAUAUUAUCCAAGUACCACCAUCAGUAUCCAGUAUCUGGUUACUUGGUAUACUACUCUCCGGUAUUCAGCAAAGCAGUGUCCAGCACAUCCCUAGAAAUUGCCGUAAGCCCGGAUUGUCAUUGAUCAGUGCAAAUAAUAAGAUUUACACAUCCAUCUGUGCUGAAACAUCCAUUUGAGAUUUGCAGUAUCCUAGUGGCUAGUAGUAUUCUGAUGAUACAAGUUUGGAUAUUGGAUACCAGAUCCACCCUGGCCCCAAGGAGGAAAUUUCUGCCGUCCAAGAGAAAAGAGGGGAGAAAAUUUUUGUUUCUGAUAAUAGUAAUUGUAUUAGGACAUGCAAAGGGGGGUUAAUUUCCAAUUUCCUCCAUGGGCAAGGUAUGGAUGUUUUCUGGAAUUACCCAUUUCUCAUUUCUAAUUGGAUUAGAAAUCUAUAUAGAAUGAGAUUGAGAUCUGAUCUCUGGUAACCAACAUGGCAUAAUAUGCAAUUGGCUUAAAUCUAUUAUGUUGUAUUUUAUUACAGCUCUUGAUGAAGGAGAUAUACAAUUAUUAAAAACUUAUGUAAGUCUCUUGUACAGACUGUAAAUAAUAGAAUAUGUGUAAUUUUAUUUUAAUUACUUUAAAAGAAGAUGUUUCCAUUCUAUAGUCUAUAGUCUAUAGUACAUUUAUACACCAUUUAGAAUUCUAAAUUUUUACAAUUAGGUAUCUUUUCUUUCUUGGGGGAAAUAAUUUCUGGGAACUCAAAACAUUUUCCAGGACCAAUAAUGGUCCCAUUUCUACUCCUGCUAUGCAAUUUGACAUUAUUUUCUUUCAUGACAGGGAGCUGGAUCGUACAGCAAGUCAAUCAAGAAUGUUGAAGAAGACAUCAAAAAUUCAUUGAAAAAAGUCAAUGAACUAACUGGUACAGCUACAGUAACACUAUAAUUAAUGUUUGAAAAAUUGAAAUAAAUAGCUUAUAGAUGAGGCCAUAUUAGUGGAGUUCCAGAUAAUCCAUAUAUAUAGCAAUUUGCCUGAUUAAACUUUGAAAAUAAUCCGCAUCCUUUUCCUCUUAACAAUGAUAUUUCAAUGAAAAUUUAUUUACCAAUUAACCCACUGAGUUGCAUUGUGCCCUAAUGCACCCUAGUUUAUUAUUUUACUUUGUCUAAUGCCACACAAUUUUGCUCAUCAAAGGAAAGCGCUGGGUUAAUUAGGCCAUGCCCAUGUGUCUAGUUCACCCAUUGAGUUGCAUUGUGCCCUAAUGUACCCUACUUUAUUAUUUUAUUUUGUCUAACAGGCGCACUGCAACUCAAUGGGUUAACUAAAAAAAUAGAAAACAACAAUACUACUUACUGGGUAUAUGUGUUUUAUAUGUAAAGGGAUAAAAGAAUCUGACACAGGUCUGGCUCCUCCAGCUUUGUGGGAUUUAGCUGCUGAUAAACAAGCUCUACACAGUGAACAACCACUUCAGGUAACUAAGAUUGUACAUUUGACUACAGUUUGGAAAGUCUUGUAGUUAAGAAACAAGAACCUCAUUUAGAGCAAACAGUUUCAAUCCUCGCAAACGGCAAUUGAUGAUUCCCCGUUAUUACGUUUUCGUAGCGCUUUGCAUUGUGGUUAUAGUGGUAUCACUGAUAAAGAUAGUGGUUUCGAAUGAAAAUAUUGAAUGUUUUCGCGAAUAUUUUGCUGUUAGCUAUCGCGCACCUGACCCUAGCUUUUUUUAAAGGUUCUUGCACAGGCAGGAGAAAAAUAAUCCAUCUUGAAUAUCAGUGAUACCACUAUAACCACAAUGCAAAGCGCUACGAAAACGUAAUAAGGGGAAUCGUCAAUUGGUGCCGAUAAUGCCACCGAAAAUGAAAUUAUCUAAGGCACUUUUUGCUGAUGAAAACUUUUGUGGGCAGUACCAACACCGCGGAAAAACGUCUGCGCAUGCGUCAACCUUGCCUGUAAUAGUAUUGCGAACUUGAUGAGAAGCUGUUCCGAACGUUUCCGAAGGCUCAAAAUGGCGGUAAAGAGGAGUGACUUCAUUGUGCGUCUUUACAGCCAGAUUUCGAGCGCAAAAAUAAACAUGUCAUUCUAAAAACUAGGAAUAAAUACAGCCAGAAGGUUCAAGAAAUUGUAUUGUACAAGAACAUGAACUAAAGGUGAUUGUUGACAAAUUUAUCGUCUGAAACAUUUUGUUUAUCAACUAACCAACGACAAUUUCCGAAUUUUCGUUUGAGAUACAUUUCUUUAAAAAAAACUGUGUCGCCAAAUAUAAAAAAUUUUCGUGUUCACAAUAAUUAAACUUUAGGAUUUAUUCUACAAUUUGAGUGGGUUAAGAAGCUUAACUUUUCGAGAGUUUUCUUAACUUUUUAGUUUGAAUUUUUGUUUUGAAUAAUUUUGCAAAAAUUUUCGAAGUCGUGUCCGUUAAAAUCAACAAUUUUUUACAUGAAUUAUAUUUCAUUCCAUACUUUAAAUGCCAGGACGCUUUCAAUUAAUGUCUAGUCUACCCAUUUGCUAUAUUUUCUCGUUUGUUUUACUAAUUUUUGACCAAUUAAUAAGCAUGUUUUUGUUUUAGAAAUUGAUAUUCAAAUUCCCCGCCAUAUUUUCAUAAUUUGGUGCAUGCGCAGACGUUUUUCCGCGGUGUUGGCAGUACCCCCUUUAUUAAGGUUAAUUUUGAGUUAUUUUUCACUAUUCGAGAGGUUUAGAUUUGACUUCCACUACCGCUACCUUUAAAGGACCGUUAACCAAUCAGAUGCGUUUAUAUAACCGAUUAACCAAUCAGAUGCGUUUGAUAUAUCAGAUUAACCAAUCAGAUGCGUUUAUAUAUCCGAUUAACCAAUCAAAUGCGUUUAUAUAUCCGAUUAACCAAUCAGAUGCGUUUAUAUAUCCGAUUAACCAAUCAGAUGCGUUUGAUAUACCCGAAUAAUGAGAGGUAGUGGUAGUGGGCCAAGUGGAAGUCAAAUCACAACUUUUGUAAAGUAAGAACAGCGACGGUGUGCACAGGCGAUAAAUACAUCUUCUAUUUUUGAAGUAUUGAAAGACAAAAAUUGUCAUUAAGACUUGAGGCACAACAAAGUUGCUGCUGAUGAGAUUUGUCAAAAUUUCGAGGACUGGUUUUUCCAGAUCUUUUCCUCGGAAAUGUUUUAGGUUUAUGUCUAUCUAAAAAUUGAAGAAGAAAAUAUAAAAGCCUUUCGUCCUUCUUCUGGCAGGUUGCUCGGUGUACAAAAAUAAUCAAUGCAGACACAGAUGAUGCGAAAUAUAUAAUAAAUGUCAAACAAUUUGCAAAAUUUGUCGUUGAUUUGGGGGACCAGGUUGCGCCAACUGAUAUCGAAGAAGGCAUGCGAGUUGGGUAAGUAGAAAUAAGGAGAUCAUCCAAAUCAUUCUCAAACGAUUUGGGUUCCAACUUUAUUUUUUUGUUUAUAUACAGUGGAUAAAAUUUUAGUAUAUGUGUAUUUAUAAUAUAACAUUUUUAAUAGGCGACCGUUGAUAGAAGCACAGAACAUUUCCAGCCUCGCACCUUUAAAUUUAAAAGUGUCAACAAAACAUUUUUAAUACGUGCAAUAAUCGAAAAACUGUUUAAUAAUACUGGUCUCGACAACAAUUAAAUUCAGGAACCACAGAUCAAGUAGCAAAUUCUUAAUUUAAUUGUUGUGAAAAUGAUAACCUUAUGUGGGUUUUAUGCUCGUGCUAAGAUUAAAUCUAUGUUACGUGUAAAAAUAGUAUUUGGGGGAAAAUCAAAUAGAUGAAUUACAUAUAGUUCUGUUUUUUUGCAUUGAAAUGAAAUAUGGUUACUCGUUUAUUCACUUAUCAUGUUUUUCUCCAAAUUAGGGUUGACCGUAAUAAAUAUCAGAUCCAUAUUCCACUUCCUCCAAAAAUUGAUCCGACCGUUACCAUGAUGCAGGUGGGUGUGGUCUGAUUUAGAGGAACUGAGUUGGUUACCAUAUUGAUUUUCUAAAUAAAAAUUAAAAUUUUAAAUCAUUGACUUUAGGUGGAGGAGAAACCUGAUGUUACUUACUCCGAUGUCGGCGGCUGUAAAGAGCAGAUUGAAAAAUUGCGGGAAGUCGUUGAAACACCUAUGUUACAUGUAAGGCAUACACAAAUAAACUUCGAAAUAGCUAAAUAGUUGGGUCCAGUAUUGAGCACGCAAGCUCCUGCUUACAAGAAAUACUUAAUGCGUUCUCAAUAUUUCCAGCCUGAAAGAUUCGUGAACCUUGGUAUUGAGCCGCCUAAAGGCGUGCUGUUGUUUGGACCUCCAGGGACAGGAAAGACAUUGUGUGCUCGAGCCGUGGCGAACAGAACUGACGCCUGCUUCAUCAGAGUCAUCGGAUCUGAAUUAGUACAGAAAUAUGUGGGAGAGGUAGAAAAAUGAUACUGUAGCUGAGAUUUUCGCUAGUAUUUAAGAUCCUCCCAUAAAAUGUGUGUCAAAAAUUUAAAGCAAAACUUCGGCGGUUCGAGCGAAGCCCCUUAGAAGGCUACUAUUUUCCGGCCAAGGGCCUUCGCUAGAAACAUCGACGUUCUGCUUAUACUUUCCAAGUUGUUGUAUCUCUCUCAAUUCGCACUUUUCGCAGUAGCUUGUUGUAACCUCGCAAUCAUGUCUUCUUCAUCAGGGAGCGAGAAUGGUGCGAGAGUUGUUUGAAAUGGCUCGGACCAAGAAAGCUUGUAUUAUCUUCUUCGACGAAAUCGACGCCAUCGGAGGUUGGUUCAAUGUUAAAAACAAAACAAAGUGCAACAAAAGAAAAGAAACAGCAACAAAACUGAGGAAAACAAAACAACGCAGCAGCAACAACAACAACAACAACAACAACUGCAACAACAACAACAACAACAACAACAACAACAACAACAACAACAACAACAACAACAACAACAGCAACAACAAAAACAACAACAAAAACAACAACAGCAACAACAGCAACAACAACAAAAACAACAACUGCAACAACUGCAACAGCAACAACACAACAGCAACAACAAAAACAACAACAACAAAAACAACAACAAAAACAACAACAACAACAGCAACAACAAAAACAACAACUGCAACAACACAACAGCAACAAUAACAUCAAAAACAACAACAACAAAAACAACAACUACUGCAACAACAACAACUGCAGCAACAACAACUGCAACAACAACUGCAACAACAGCAACAACAACAACAACUGCAACAACAACCAAACAUAAACCAUUGAACGUUAAAAAUAAAUUAUUUUCAUAUAGUCUAAAUUAUUGUGGUCUACCAAAUUAUUAGGUGCUAGGUUUGAUGACGGAGCGGGAGGUGACAACGAAGUUCAACGAACAAUGUUAGAACUUAUUAACCAGUUGGAUGGUUUUGAUCCAAGAGGAAAUAUCAAAGUACUAAUGGCUACCAACAGGUAUUGUCUUAUUAUACACUGCUUUUGUCUCUUCGAACGAACUCUACUACACAUAUGGAGCUCGUUGUUCUGAGAUGGCAACCAACAGGUAUAGUCUAAAUCUACUACACAUAUGGAGAUCACUGUUCUAGCCAUGGUGACAGGAUAGAUACCUCCUCUAUUAAUUCACAUUUAACCAUUUACUGCCCCACAUGAAUUUACAUCACUUCUUAUGUGACUUUUAUGACACCAUUUUUUUCUAGACCCGACACAUUAGAUCCUGCGCUAAUGAGGCCAGGUCGCUUGGAUCGGCGAGUAGAGUUCAGUCUUCCUGACUUAGAAGGUCGCGCGAGUAUAUUUAAAAUUCACGCAAGAUCUAUGAGUGUGGAACGCGACAUUCGAUUCCAACUUCUCGCACGUCUUUGUCCUAACAGCACAGGUGAGUCGAGAUAAAUUUCAUAAUACGUUCAAUUUCGUUCCCACAGCCAUUUGAUUCAAUGGCUCCGGGCACAAGUUUUUAAUACAUUAAAAGUGAAUAUAUAUACUGAAAACAAUCAUAAUUUUAUCAAUCUUUUUAUUUAUUUAUUAACUUUGCAACCUUUUACACAUGAACAAAUAGAUAUUAAAUUUAAGAAUUUACACAAAUAGGAUUGAAGUUAUAGUCAGAAGGAUUAGAAUCCCAUAUUAAGACUAACCCAGGAAAGACAACAAUAUAGUUAUAAUAUAAGACACAAACACACAUUUACACACUGAUAUAUUUGAACAAAUAUUAACAUAAAAAGUGCAUGACUUGGGCAACACGACACUUGAAACAAUAAGUUUUCCAAAUGCACAUUCUAUUGACAUCAAAUUAGGCUAAUUCAAGUUUGGAAAGAUAGUGCGAAUACUGAUUGUGUUACAUUUUAUGAGAGGGGAGACUGUUCCAAAGAAAAACAAUCCUUUAAAAAACGAGUCUCUAUAAAAAAGAGAAGUUUCCACUGAUAUUUAACAAAUAUAAAACAUUUUCCGUGUUGAUAUAUACAGUUAUAUCAACACGAGUGGGCGGAGUGUUUUCACACAAUUUCGAGUUUUCUCAAUUUCCACGACUGUUGAUAUAACUGUAUAUCAAUACGGAAAAAAAUGUUUUAUAUUUGUUUUAUACUAUAGCACAAAGAUACAUAAAGAAAGAAAUUUUCCGACGUUCCGUGUUGACAUUGAGUUAUAUCAACACGGCUCUUAGCCAAUCAGCGUUCAGAAUUUACAAAUGCUAUAUUAUAAAACUUCUUAAGGUCCUUUUCCAUUCAGGAAAAUUUUCUUCAGAAAGAACAUUUCGUAAAAUGUGAUUGGCCGACACACUAAUUUUCGGUAGGAAAAAAAUUUUGAAGUUGAAAAUUUUCAACUUUUAACCGAAUGAUAGUUCGUAAAUUUUCUGUCCGUGAAAAUGGGCCUUUAUACUGUAUACAUUAAACUUAAUAUCCUGAACGUGUUUUUAGGCGCUGAAAUCCGAAGUGUCUGUACAGAGGCAGGAAUGUUCGCUAUUCGUGCUCGAAGGAAGGUAAAUAUAAAACAUUUUGGCAAUAUAUACAGUACGAGGGUUUUAACCUUUUUCCUUCUAUAGUCUGAUUAAUUUGACCAGGAUUUCUUGGUUAAAUUGACCAGACUAUGUUAAAGGUUGGUGGAUAAAUAACGAGAGCUGGUUAUUUAGGCUAGUAACUCCAGACGAAGGGCCUUCGCUCGAAACGUCGAAAUUCUCCUUAUAUUUUUCAGGUAGUUGCAUCUCUAUACCAACGAAAGCUUGUUAAUAGUCCUGGUUAUUAUACACCACCUAACCAUAGUCCGGAUUUUGAGGGAGGUGGGCAGUGGGCGCCUCCCCUGAGAUCGUUUUGCACCGAGGCCUGAGAAUAUUUGCACCUCCCCUGAAAAGUCAUGCACCUCCCCUUGGGGAUGUUUCAGUGAUAGUUCAAAGUGAACAUUUGACAUUUUUGGUUGCUUGGCGUCCAAACUUCGUAAGAAAGUUUUUCUGUAAAAUGAAAACAAUGAUAGCCAUUCAUCUCUGUGUCAAGUACCCUUUUAAUGCAAUGUUUUUACAGUUGAUUUCACGAAACGUUGGCCACGCCAAUUGCGAGGUUGGUUGGGAAUUUGGGAAACUUCCGAAUUUGAUUGGCCGGUUUCCAAUCAACUUGAUGAUCUCGUGUUUAUAGUUCCCAAAUUCCCAACCAACCUCGCAACUGGCGCGGCCAAAGUUUCGUGAAAUCAACUGUAAAGAAACUUUGCAGUAAUUGCAAUGAAGGGCAAAAUUGGAUGAGUUAUACAGUCAUAAUUCUUUAACACACUGAUAUAUAUGUACACUACAUGCAUACGUCACGUCGUUGACUUUGGCCCGUUCUAAGCCCGAACUUUCCAUGGGGGGGGGGAGGCAGACCGCUGCACCUCCCCUAAAUUGUUGUCCACCUCCCUCACUAUUUCCACCAAAAUCCGGCUCGCAUGGUAACCACCAGACUGUUCUGCCCACUACUGCACUAGUGUCCGCCACUGGAUUCUAUAAUCCCUCAUUCGGUUCAUCGCUAUAUCUAUUUGUUCCCUUAGGUUGCAAGUGAAAAAGAUUUUCUGGAAGCAGUGAACAAAGUCAUCAAGGCAUACGCGAAAUUCAGUGCUACACCUCGUUACAUGACCUAUAAUUAAAUAGAUGUUUUACAUUGUUGUUAUUCCUUUAUACUAACGCCGUUGUAAGUGUAUGAUAUAAUAGAAGUACUAUGAGUAAAUGUAUUUAAAAUAAAAAGAAAAAGAUUGAGGGAGUAAAUGAUUUAUUUCGCAUGUGAUUCAUGCAUGCAAGAGAUCGUGAAUUUGUAUAAUUUUUCAUUUGCGAAGUUGUAUUUGCGAAGAAUAUUUAAGUGUUCAAAACCUGCAAUCUUUUUGUCGUUCCUCUCAAAAUUACUUUGUUUUAACUUUAUUUUGUAGUUUACACAGUUAGCUAGCUUUUUAAAUGGAUCUGUUGAGAAACACAAAAUAGUAGUUUAUAGUUAAAUAUUGUCAGUUUAACAAUUAUCAUUGAUGCUGUAAACUUGACGACAUAUUUCUGCAGCAAUAUAAGCAAAACUUACUGAACUUCAGAUAUAGUUUUCUCAUUGGCCGUACCAUCGAAAUUAAAAAUCUUUUCAAUUUAGCAAUUAGCAUAACUUUACAGAUAAAGCACUGGCUAAGCAUACUUUUAAAAAGGUACCUGACAUAUAGUCAUAAUCAAGUGGAAAAGAACCAGUUCGUUAGUUUUGAGCGCGUGUUACGUAACAUACAACAGAUUCUUGGAAAAACAAGCCGAAGGAAUUUUCAAAUAAUAGAUAAGGCACGAGCAUCCGAGGUCGACAAACUCGAGCAGAAGGCCAGAGGUGGACGACACAAGGUUGUAACGAUAUUGUAAAAUCAUGAAUGUAUCGGACUUGUUGGAACAACCUUGCAACAAAUCUGAUAAUGUAUGUAUAUCAACAAAGUUGUUGCAAAUUAUUAACAGCUUGUUCCAAACUUGUUGACAACUUGGAACAAGCAGUGCGAGUACAACUUGUUGACGGCUUAUUGGUAGACUUGCUACAGGAAUAGAACCUGCGCCCCUGCGAUUCCGGUGCAGCGCUCUAACCGACUUUCUGAAAUCAAAAAUAUGCGCGUGUACAAAAAAAUCAGAGGAACAGCUAUAUCUACAUUUUACAAUACGGAUUUGAGCGCACUUUGCCCAGCUGUAUUUUCCCAAAGCGCUUAUCCGAUUGGUCCGAUUUAAGAUCAGUGCUCUGAUUGGCCACAAGCGCGGUCGGACUGGGGCGCAUUUAUAAAUUCGUCUACGCAAUAUUCCAAUCUUCAGUCGAACAAGAAAUUAUGGAGUCUUGAAUCGAAGAAUUGAAAAGAAAUAUAAUUUAACCGGCCUCUAUCGUCGAUCUGGACCCAUUUUAGUAGGAAGUUGACGUUGGUGGCCUUUCUGGAACAGCUGUCAUUGGCUAUCGUGUCAGGUUUGUAAAUAUAAUUUUAAUAACUUGAAUUUUAUGACGAUUAUUUUACAGGCACUGUGUUGGCGUUCGAUAUUUGUUAGUUGCCAAUGUAACACAUUCAAGUCCUUCGAUCAAUAAGCAUAUAAUAGUCAUAAAUUUGUACGAUUUUAGCAGACGAUCUAGGCUUAGAAAGCUUUCUUUUUCUUCACAGUGGCACUGUAGAUUUUAGCCUGGAAAACGGACAAGGAAUAAUGAAUAUCCAACCCGACGAAUCGAAUAUAAAUAUGAACGGAAUUGGUUUAACGAACGGCAGCGCGGACGCUGCCGAUUUUCCCCAUCAAAGUAACACGGAUUUGGAUACAGAAGGAUAUACACCGACUUACGAUGAAGCAUUUCCCGAAUUGCCCGUCUCGAAUGCCCCGAUUGCUCGAAACCCUGGCCCAGCUAAAGCGACAAGUUAUUCUGGCUCAAUGCAAGCCAUUCGCGCUAGUACCAUCACACAGGUAUUAUAUAAACUCGAGCUUUUAAUACAGCUAUUUUAUGAUAUCGUCCGCUUUGAUUUUCUCGAAUUUGAUUGGUAUUCCUAAUAUAUAUGUUAGAUCUUUACUAGAUUUGUAUUUUUCUGUCAAUUUCUAGUCCCCCUUCGUGACUGAAAAAAUUUGCUAAUUUAAUACAACGUGUCGUUUUUGCUCGCAUAUAAAAUUUGUACUAUGACCAAACGCAUAGCUGUACCACAUCACAUCUCAAAGAAUGCCCUGAAGAAAUAUGUAAAAUUCAAACAACUUUUAAGUCUUCGACUCAUGUUCUUUUUAACAGCCAAUGAGUUGGUUUUGCACCGUAAUUUUAACACAAUUUUAACUUCGUAUAAAAUGCGAAGUUGCAAUUUGUGUCUCUUGGGUACAUGAAAUUUAAGACGCACAUAUUUAUUGGCCAUAGACAUUAUUUUAUGUUGUUAAACUUUACAAAUGCUUCCUUCGAAAAAUUACAUAAUUUCUGUGCAUGAAAAUUAUUUUCACAAAAGCACUAUAGUCACGGGAUAAGAAGUAUACAGUAUAAAUCACUGAUUGAGCAAUCUGUAAAGGUUGCUUAUUUAAAUAUAAGGGUCGCCAAUGGCAUCACUCGAAACCGACUCCAAACAAUGGCCUUUUAUUACGAAGCCAUUUAGAUGAUUUGGAAUUUCCUGUUUGAAAAAUUUUAUUCCAAAAAAGUAUCAAUUAAGUGUUCUAAUGGCGCUGUAAAAUUCGUGAGGUAUAAUUUUUAUGACACGUGUACCUUCGCGUAUUAUAAAACUAUAUCAAUAUCUAUUCAUUUUAACCACUUGUAACUCAGCUUGCCCUUUUAUGAAAUAUUCUUCUAAAUUUUUAACAUACUCCUUGCAGAGAAAUGUAGUCAUAGUAUCAACACUGGUGUUCGUAGUUUGCAACUUUAAAAAAUAGUAAAUGUUUGUAGUUAUAUCACAGAAAGAAAAUGCUAUUUUAAUUUUAUUAUAAUGCUAUAUUUAUUCCCGCGAAUAAUCGUAAAUUUUUCCAUUAAAUUUUGACUGAAUUUGAUAAUCCUUCAUAAAGUUUACAUAGUGACAAUUAACGGUAAUAAUACUAAACAGGUUGUUAAAAUUCUGCCGGAUCUUUUCAUCGCUCGCUCGUGAAAACCUAUUUAAAACCUUCGUGAUUCCUGUAUUUACUCAAAAAUUUUGCCGGACAUAAUCUAUUUUGAUCGCGUGUUAAAACGACGUGGUUUUAAAGGGGAAAAAAAAUUAUUUGCAUUUUUGGAGAGGAUUAUUUCCAACCGGUCGUAACGAAAUAUAUAAAUGUUUUUUCCACACCUGUAAGUCAGAAGAAUAGUCCACUGUUGUAGGCUAAGAAAAAAUAUUGUCUGUUUAUAUUAUUGUGAUGUCUUGACUGGUUUAAAUUAGAUAUCAUAGCGUUGACUGGUUGAAGAUUAAAUGUAAAUGUAAUGAGAAACAAUUUAAUUAAAUAAGUUUUGAGUGUACAGUUUUUGUGCAGAGGUUAUGUGCUGAUAUGUUUGAUAUGGUAUAGUUUUUCCAUGGAGCUAUUUGUUGAAUAAGUAAACAGUGCCCAGCGCACUCAAAUGGCGGCAACCAACGUCAUCGAUCAGGUUUGGACGCUUUAUAUUCAAGGCUGCCUAGUCAGGUUAGCCAGAAUGUCUGCGAAGUCAGAUCUUCCUAAUAUGUAGUUUUAUAUUGAAUAUAGGCCCUUUUCUUUUAGCUUUGCAUAGCACUUCGCCAUUCCACUCUCCUUGGCAGACGCUUUCUAAUUUCGAAAAAGGCACUAUGGUAGAGGGUAGGGGGUCUGCCUUCCCCCAAUAAUUUCUUCACCCAUGAGGAUUCUAUUUCUUUUCAUUUAAAUAAAUUCAUAGGCAAUUACAAUCAACUUAUAUUAUCCAUAACAGUUUAUUGUUCCAUUGAUAUUGUGUAUAUAUAUAAAUAGGAAAGAAUACAAUUCAUUUGUGCUUUUGAUUCUAUACAGAGCAAGUGUUGUUAGGGUGUUUGAAGUUACAAAGUGUGUUACAAAAUCUUGAAGUUUUAAGCCUGGUUUCCAUUAAAUUAAAUCGUAAUUAUCGCAAGAACCGCGUCGCAACGAUUUUAAAAACGCGAAAAUUUUAAUAAAAAAACCUGUGAUUUAUUGGAAACUUGAGUCACACCGAUAACUAAGACUCUUAAGACAAAGUCGCAAAGAUAGACUUAUUGCGAUUUUUGCGAUAGCGAUGUCUGCGUUCCGUGACUAUUGUGUUAUUACGGGCUUUAGUGCAAGAAAUUCACAACUUAAUUAAACAUUGCUCUCAGGAAACACAGAAAAUGCUCUUCCUAGGCUUCGGAAAUGCAAACUUUUCUGGGGGAGCAUGCCCCUAGACCCCCUUGGAUGAGAAAAAUGAAAUUCUUUUGUCACUAGCUUAUAAUUCAAAGUGGACAUUUUCACUAACUUUAAAGGUAACCCCCCUGAAUCAAUUUCUCUUUCGUACACAAGGUUUUCCGGAUUCCCCUCGAAGAUGUGACAGCAAAACCAUUUGGUGAUUUUGGAGAUGUACGUCAAACAAUGUGUCGUGAUGUGUAUGCCAAGACUGGAGCCUCGAUUGAAAUGAGUUAUGCAAAGGACAAGAGCUUGAACAUCCUCGCAACUGGAAAACCUGCUCAAGUGGCAAUGGCAAAGAGAGAAAUCUUGAAAAAAUUGCAAACUGAGGUGUGUUACUGUAGUAUGUAACACUAGAGUUGGAUCAUCCAUCCAGAUGUCAAUAUAUCUGACAGUAGUGUUAUUUACAUGUAACUAUUUUUUCUUACUUGAAAUUGUCUUAUCUUAGUACAGUAUAAAGAAAAGACAAUGCAUGAUUUACAAUGACUAAAUUCUUGAAAAAAAAGUUCAUUCAGUUGACUUAAAUCUGUAACUAAUAUAAAUUUGGUAUGGUGUGUUAGAAAGAGUCUUCUCUGUCCAUUGACCUUAAAUAUAAGAAAGGUUGGCAGGGUGCUUGCUAUAUCAUUACCCAUGUCAUGCUCUUCAUAAUAAUUUUAUAAAUGUAGGUAAGGUGCGAGCUGCGAAUCCCUUGUGAACAUCACAAGUUUAUCCUCGGCAAAGGCGGAAAUAAUCUGAAACAACUGGAAGCGAACACCGGAACACAUAUCACCAUCCCGAAGAAUGGCACAGAUAUGGUCAUUGUAGUUGGUAUCAAGGAGGAAGUUGAUAAAGCUUGCCAUGAAAUUCAAUGUAUCUCUGAUAGAAAGGUGAAUUUUAGUUACAUUCCUUUUUAUCAUACAAUAAUUUACGGGAAUGUAGUAUAAGUUUUGUUUAUUGUGUUAACUUUAACUUUAUUAGUAGUUACUGUAGCUUAAUCUACAUUCAGUAGAACCAUGCAUGCUAACUCGAUUUUGCUUAACUCGAACUCCCUGCUAACUCGAACUAAAUCCUAUCACCCAACUGUUACACCUAUUUACUUCGGUUAACUUGUACUCGCUUAACUUGAAUCCUCUGGAUCAGGGAUCGGCAUUCGGCAAACCUCGAAAGGUCUGAACAUGUUGGUAAUAUAUACAAAAGGUUCAACAAAUAAUUACUGAUCUAGCUGAUAGGUACUGCUUAAGUUGUGAUGAAUAACCUAAGAAAACGACUAUACCUUAUUAAUUAUCCAGACUGCAGAGUUGGGCACUUUUCAGCAGGAUCUUGGGUGUGCAAAUGUUAGAAAAUCUAAGUGCAGGUGCGCAUAACAGUUCCCAAGUGCGCAUCAAGAUGCAGUCAUUCAAGGGAACAAAAAUAGCCAGAUACAUCUUAAAAACAAUGAAAAUUAGAGAUACGAGGGCAGAAUUAAUUGCAAAAAUUGUUAUAAAGUACACCCCAGGUACGCUGAAAUUUCUGCCUAAAUAGUAUUGAGUGCGACAUUGAUCAACUCUGCAGUCUGGUUAAUUAUGAAUGUAAUAAACAAAAUCCAACACCGACCUUGUCAAUUUGAGCACUCAGCGGGCUAACUCGAACAACCUUUUCUGUCCCAUGUGGGGUUUGAGUUUAUAGCAGGGUUUAACUGUAUAUAAUUAAUUGGUUAUCAACACGACUUUAAUUUAAUCUGUUAUGAAUAUGAACUGUUGAACUGUGCCAAACACAUGCUUAUAAAUACAAAUCACAUAAGUUUUAUCUUGGUAUUGUGUAAUAGGCAAAAGAAGGUUUUGAACGACUUGAAAUUCCCCGAGCAUACCAUCCAUUUAUCCAAGGACCCAAUCAGGAGACAAUACAGAAAAUCAUCAUGGAAACAGGCGCGAAGAUCAAUAUUCCACCACUAUCAGUACAAAAGGAUGAGAUUACAAUUUCUGGUGACAAGGAAGGUGUGGCUGUGGCAAAGGAGAAAAUCCUUAUGAUCUAUAAGGAAAAGGUAGAUAUACUGUUGAACUAUGUACAUGUAAAUCUGCUCCUUCCAACUGCUACAAGACUCCACCGUUAACCAUAUCUACACAAGACUUACCUCUACCUAACUGCUACUGCCUACACUCCUUGCAUACCUAGCUCACACUCAUUGGUUACAAAUAAAUGAUACCUUCCAUGUCACUCAUUCUACCACGCUGGUUACUGUACUUUGUUUGGUACUUGAAAUAUCAAGUCUGCUUUCAAACAGUUAUUUUUCCUCAACUGGUCUACCUUAUAGCCUGGUUAUUUUCAAAAAACAGUAUACUACUGCGGAUUCAGGUAGACCGUUAAAUGCAAAUAGUUGUCGCGUUAGUUUUAACAGUUGUACAAUGACGUUUCUAGGCAGAUUUUCAGACGUUUCUAAGGCAUGGCUUCAACGUUUAUUUUCAAAAUUUAAACAUAACGGUUGUACAAUGACGUUUCUAGGCAGAUUUUCAGACGUUUCUAAGGCGUGGCUUCAAUGUUUAUUUUCAAAACUUAAACAUUGUAAUUUACAACGUUUAAAUUUUGAAAAUAAACGUUGAAGCCACACCUUAGAAACGUCUGAAAAUCUGCCUAGAAACGUCAUCGUACAACUGUUAAAACUAACGCGACAACUAUUCGCAUUUAACAGUCUACCUGAAUCCGCAGUAUUUCAUAAAACUGAUUUACUGUAGUUAUGUUGCGAAUGUGCCAUCUUGAAUCUUGGAGUUAUCUUGUUGAAGAAUGAAAGUAGUGAUACAUUAUAAUUUGGUGCAGAGCUCAGUUGUGUUGCUAUCUAAUCGAUAUACACUAGUUAAUUUGGAUGACUUCAAGAUCCUGGACUGCCCCUCAACACAGCCACCUACUCAGAAUAGUUCUGAAAGCCCUGAAUGGGUUAAACAUUAUACUGAUGCAUAGACUGCAUGAUGACUUGUGUUCUUUCAGGAGCGACGUGUGACCACUGUAUCCAUUGAAGUAAAGAAAUCCCAACACAAGUACGUUAUUGGCCCCAAAGGACAUGUAUUACAAGAGAUACUUGCAUCUACAGGUGGGUAGUAAAUUAAAGACACUUGAAGCAAGUGAAGCAAAUAAUUGGUUUCUUGUUAAUAGUUCAUGUUUUGGUCUGGUGGAAAACACUAGGUUUAAGCAGAUUUAACUGUUUGUUUUCAGGAGUAUCUGUUGAAAUGCCACCAUUGGACUCUGACGCAGAAACCAUCACUUUACGAGGAGAACCGGAUAGACUCGGCACAGCCUUGACCCAGGUUUAUGAGCGAGCUAACAGCGUGUCAUUUGCUGAGGUUGAUGCACCACGUUGGUUGCAUCGGUUCAUGAUUGGACGUAAUGGUGAAAAUAUCAAGAAAAUUACCCAAGAUUUGGAUAAGGUUUGCCCUGACUAAUGUGUUUUUAUUAAGUUUACAAUUAUGAGAAUUGAAGUGUUAAGAGUUUUUGUCUAAAUCGAUACCAUUAUAGCCUAAUUCAACAGAUAAAGUAAAAAUAGGUAUUCUUGGGUUUCACUACGGCAUUUUGCAGUGAAUCUGGCGGGGACUCAACCUAAAAUGUAUUGAUUCUUAAGCUGUACUGGAGUGAGCAAAUGAUACGAAAUUGCAUGUAUUUACCACCAAACACAAGGCCAACACAUACAGUGAACAAUUAAUUCACUCUGAUGACUGUGUCUUGAUUUAGAAUUGCCCCCCCCCCCUGUCAAAUUUAUGACGUCAUAUGAAACCCAAGAAUAGCUAGGCGAUUAGGUACUAAGCAUGUAUAUAAAACAUACGAUCUAUGUAACACUGUCCACACAAAGUUUCUCUCAAAGAAACAGGCAACCGAAAUUGAAUUUUACUUCAAUGUUUUGAUAUUGCUACAGUAACUAGAAUACUGUUAAUCCAAAUGUGGGAAAAUAGAUUUUCUGAGUGGUUACCAGAUGCUAAGUUGCUAGUAUCCUAUUGAAUAGUGCCGAAACUUUCAAGUUUCUAGCCCUGGAGGGACGUGGACAUCCCUAGUUUGUGUAUUACUAUAUAUGAUGAUGUAACUGUUUCUUCCACAACAGCUCCAUAUUGAGUUCAGUGAUGACAAGGACAAGAUUACCCUGGAAGGACCACCACAACAAGUUGACCAAGCUAGAGAAGAUUUGGAGACAUUCGCACGUGAACUGGUAAGAUUUAUAAGGGGGGGGGGGGAAUUUCAGAGACUGCAAAGAAAGUGAAUCAACAGCCCUUUAAUAAUUUUCACAGUUUUUCCAAAUUUUAAUUAAUGGGCAAAGAAAUGAAAAUCCAACACCAUAGCUGAAACAAACACAUGAAAAUCACUGUAGUGAGCUUGCAAAGUUUGGUCGUAAAAUAUUGUAAAGUAAGGAUAAAAUAUAGCAUUGCAAAGUUUGCACAUUGUGUUACCAGGUUAGGCUCACUGGGUAGGCAAAUAUUCACUCAGAUGAGUGUGACCUUUAACUCUGCUAAAUGUUCAAGUGAAUGCUACAGUAUCUAGGUCUAGGACUCUCAAUAGCAGUAUAACACUCUACAAUUAGAAUAUUUCUAGCUGUACAGCUUCUCUUUUUAUUUCCCCCCAAUUUCCCCAACAUCUCUUCAUGUAAAUUUUAGAAAGCAACAAUGGACUUUGCUGAGGUUGAAGUGGACUACCAAUUUCAUUCUCACAUCAUUGGUAAAAAUGGAGCAAAUGGUAAUUAGAUACUUUGAGACUAAUUUUACAUCGAAAAUGUUGACCUCUUGUUCAGAGUAACUUUAAAUUGUAAUAUCAAUUUAUUUAACACACAACAUACAAGAUUUAUAUCGCACCAGGGUUUAGCCAUAGUGAAAAAAUUCGGUGUUAUACUAUGACGCUGUUUUCACAAUUACGUUUAGCCAGUAAUCUCACAAUUUAGAUCAGCCAAAAACGUAACUAUUAUAUAUAUAAAAGAUUGUUCAACUUCAAAACUUUGCACAAGAAAAAUUGGCUAGCAGAUAAGUGUUGCGAGGAUGUCGUGUAGCCUAAGAUAUAUUUUUGUCUGUCUUUAGUACGCAAAACAAUGUCAGGUAACUUCCCCUCUUGACCGGUCACUUUUUUACCUCACCGGUUAUUUUGACCGGCCACAUUUUCAUGCCUUCCAAUGUGAUUGCUGACGUCUUGAAUUAAAACACGAAACUAUAGCCGUUUUCACAUUAGAAGACGGAUAAGUCGUCUAGACGAACAAAUCGUCUCAAAAUCGUCUUUUAGUCGGACAAAUCAUCAGAUGUGAAAACGUGUCGUACAAAAUUUUAGACGAACAAGUCGUCUGAAUUUGUUCGACUACUUGUCCGUCUGUGAAGACGAUUUUUGAGAGACGAUUUGUUCGUCUAGACGACUUGUCCGUCUCUAAUGUGAAUAGGGCUUAUGAUGUAUCGAAACAAGUUUCUAAUAGUUUGUUUCACUGUUAGUGUAAGUGUAUCAAUGACCGGUCAAAAACAGAUUUUGACCGUGCGAAAAUCAAGUUGACCGGUCAUUAUGACCAGAGACCUACUGUAUCUCCCGUUAUUUUGAGUCCUGCGUUAGAAAGAGUGAAAUAAUUGAAGUGGGACAAGUUCUUAAUGUCAUGUUAUUGUAUUGUCUACCUUAUUAGUAAACCGUAUCAAAGAAGAAACAAAGACAGCCAUAAUAAUCCCUAGUGACAGCGAGAAGAAAAGUUUGAUUAGAAUUGAAGGCUCCCCUCAAGGUGUUGCAAAGGCGAAGGCAGAAAUCUUGGAAAUGGCAAAGAAAUUGGUAGGGUUUACGAAAGUUUGUAAUUGUUCGGACAUUGUAGUUAACAGUUUUGAACGUUGUAGUUAACAUUGAACUCUAUCAUCAGGUAAUGGGAAACCUCUUGCAUUCAGUGAACUUUUGAGUUCAUGGGAACUAAAUAAUAUAACAGACUAAAAGCAUGUUUUAUUUGAGAACUUGGAUACCAGAUUUUCAGUUUGGAUACGUACUACACACGUAAAAACGCACAAGUUGUAACAAACUUGCAGCAGACUUGUAACAAUGCUGUUCCAACAACCUGUCAACAGGAUGUGUUCGCACUGCUUGUUCCCAGCUUGUUGACAACUUGCUACAAUGUUGUUGAGCUCAACAUACUUGUCACAAGUCGUUCCAACAACUUGUUAUCGUCUGACAAUUCAACUUGUCAACAAGUUGUGAGUGACAACCUUGUAGCAACUUGAUAAAAUAACAGCAUUGUUGCAAUUUGUUGAUAAGCUUGCUACAACCCACCGGGCAUACGACGUUGUUUCAACGUUGAAAUUUGGUAGAAAAAAGGUUGCGACGUCGACAAGCUAAUAUCUACGUUGCUCUGACGUUGUUUUACAAACAUUGGUUCAACAGCAGCCAACAGACGUUGAAUUAACGUUCAUUCAUGGUUAAAUGUACGACGUCGAUUUGUGAACCAAUCUCAACGUUGUUUUAACGUGGAUUCGACGUUGAAUUAUGGUUGACGAGAUUGACAACCUAAUUUCAACGCUGUUUCAACGUCGAUCCAACAGUAACGUCGAUCCAAUUUGCAUAGUCAACCCUUUUUCAACGUCUAUCCAACGUCUGGAAGGUCAUUUCCAACGUUGAUUCAACGUUGGAUAAACGUCAUUUUGCCCGCUGGGAAGGCUGUUGCGAACACAUCUUGUUGACAAGUUGUGAGAUUUUUACGAGUGUACAGUACGUAGGUCAAAAAAUGUUGGGGAAAAUUCCACUCCCAAACCCUGGUUUGAUAUAACGUUUACGGAAACCUAAUCAACGUUGUUAUUUGACAGGAAAAUGAAAGAUCCCGUGAUAUCAUAAUUGAGAACAGGUUCCAUCGCUCCCUAAUCGGGUCGAAGGGUGAGGGCAUGCAGGAAAUCAGAAAGACAUUCCCGGAUGUGCGUGUUUCGUUCCCCGAGGCGGCAACCAAGAGUGAUAUUGUGAACAUCCGAGGACCCAAAGAUCAGGUGGACAAGGUUUACGCCCAACUGAAGAAGAGAAAUUCUGAACUGAUUGCAUCCAACUACCGUAUUGACGUGCCGAUAUUUAAGAAAUUUCAUAGAAAUAUUAUUGGACGUGGAGGCGCGACAAUUAAGAAGGUAACUUUCACCUUGGUGCAGGCCUCGAAUUUAUUUCCCAGAAAUCAAUCGACGGCAAUGGCGUUAAAAAUUGCCGUAGAACGUAACAGCUGUCUACGGCAAUUUUGGCAGUUUCCACGGCAUUUUUUCAAAUUACUGUAAUAAAACUUUAAUUUUAUUGUUACUCUGGAUUGUUGACAAGCUAUAGAAACAUGUAUACGUAUUUCUUUAGUGUUUUUUUCUCGAAGAAAACUGAGACUAAAAUAGUAAUUUACGCAUGAUUUGAUGAACAUCUGAAUUCAAGUAUCAAAAUAGUAAUGCACAGUGAAUAGUAUAAAAAUUAUACUAUACGGCAAAAAAUUGCCGUCGUUGCCGCAAUGAUCCACGGCAUUUUGUUCUCCCUCUACGGCGAUUGCCGCGAUAAAAUUCAAGCCCUGCCUUAGUGUGUUGGUGGCACCCGUAGUAUUAGUACAUGUGCCUUUCACGGUUCAACAAGAUGUGCUCGCACUGCUCGUCCCCAGUUGUUGACAAGUCGGGAACAAGAACAAGUUGUUAUCAUCCUGUAACAAGGUUGAUGAGGCCAACAGACUCGCAACAAGUUGUUCCAACAAGUCUGAUAUCGUCUGCACUCGGUAACAAGUUGAUGACGACAAACACGUAGCAACUUGUUACAAAUAGCCUGUAGUAGCCUUGUUGGAACAACUUGUAGCAAGUCUGUUACCGUCAUCAACCUUGUAACAAGGUGAUAACAACUUAUUUCAGACUUGCCGCAACAACUGGGAACAAGCAGUGCGAACACAUCCUGAUAUCGGCUUGAUAACAACCUUGUUAUAACUUGUUUGUAGAUCUGUAACAACUUGCGUGUUUUCACGUGUGUAGUGUACCUUACUACUAUACCUUGUGUAUGUUAUGUAUAGAUCCGUGAUGAGACUGGAACGAGAAUAGAAUUACCUGCUGAGGGAGCUGACAGUAAUAUUAUUAAGAUCAUUGGCCACAAAGCUCAAUGCGAAGAAGCACGUGACAAGAUUCUCGCCAUUCAGAAUGAACUGGUAAGGAUUCUGGUAUUUGAAAGUGUAUAGGAAAUACGCAUCUCUAGUUAAUAUUGAUGUCGGGACUCUACUGCAAAUCGCCCAGCAAAAAAAAAACAUGAAAAUAAAUAUUCAAAAAAAAAUUAUUUCCGACCUACCGACCCUAAUUUUUUCACGAUAUGAAACCGGAACCACAGGUAUUUUUUUAGGCCUUAUGUUUUGUCAUAUGUGUUGAAGAUUACCACAAACUGGCACAAACAUAGUUUUUAAACCAGUUCCCCCCAAUGAACUAUAAAUAAACUGGAAGGCUAGCUAUGAUGAAGGCCAGGUAUGAUUUGAUGAAGCCAAAAUAGUUUUUCUGAGUUAUGAGCAGAAAUACUUGAUCGCAAACGUUGGGCUAUAUAUCAAAUCGAAGCUAUUGAAAAUUGCUAUUCGGUGUGGAAAUUUCAAGACUUCAGCGCGAAGAAAAAUAUUUAAAAAAUACAAAAACAACUGCAAAACCAACUGCAAAACGGCAAAUUAUCGGCAAUUAUUUUUGUAGUUUUUCAAUAUUUCCCUUUUAGCUAAAGUCUUGAAAUGUCUACACCAAAUAGCGUUUUUCAAUAGCCUCAGUCUCAUACAACGUUUAGUGUUGAGUAUUUCUGCUCAUAACUCAGAAAAACUAAAAUGCACUGGCUUCAAUUCCCCCCCCCCCGAGUUAGCCUUCCAGUUUAUUUAUAGUUCAAUGGUUCCCCCUCGGCAAUCUGACAACCGUGUUGACAAAAACGUUGCUUGCUUAAGCUCCCUAAUGAUAAGAAAACUACGCAUUGAUAAGGAUACAACUACAGUACCUGAAAAAUACAACAAAGCGAACUUCGCCGUUUCGAGCGAAAAGUUAGUACUAUCCAUGUCAAUCCAGUCCACAGCUUUCUCAGCACAAUUUAGAACUGAUGGAGCUAUCCAGUAGAAAUGAAGUUACAUGUAGUUCAAGAUUCGUGCUUUGCCAACUUACAGGAAAGCAUCCUUCAAGAAGAACUGAUCAUCCCGCAUAAACUCCACAACGCAAUCAUUGGCGCUAAAGGCCGCCUCAUUCGCUCAAUCAUGGACGACUGUGGUGGAGUGUCAAUCAAGUUCCCACCUGGCGGGUCGAACAGUGAUAAGGUGAUUGUUAGAGGACCCAAAGAUGAUGUGGAAAAGGCUAAGGACGAACUAUUACAACUGGCUAAGGAAAAGGUGUGUAGUGAUUCAUUCUCUGAAGAUUCCUUUAUCUUUCAUAUGUAUUGUUCACCAUCAACCAUGCCUGGCAUGCCAUUUUUAUUAACCCAUUAAGAUUAUCUGACGUUAGACUAUACUAAAGUAGGGUGCAAUGUAUGUUGAAGGGUUAACAGAACGUGUUGGCCUCCUCACAUGAGCCCAACUAACUCAGUGAGAUCUCCAUGCCCUCUGUUAACGCAUAUAAAAUUGGGUUACGGGGUGAAACCUGGGUUCGAUUCCUGGUUGAGGAGCCACUGGUUCAUAAAUAUAAAACGAACUGAUAUAGUUGUUUUAUUUUAUAAUUUAUAUAUUUUAUUUGCUUUCCUCAGGAACUGAGCGGUUUCAUGGACACAAUAAAAGCCAAGGGCGACUACCAUCGCUUCUUGAUCGGUCGUGGAGGCGCAAAUAUAAGAAAGGUACCUGAUUUGUAAUACCAUAUUUCACUUCAAACUAUGUAGCCCCAGCUUGCCAAAAAUAUAGCCUACAUACUGUAGAGACACUUGCCCAGUUACAGACGAGCAAGUUUUCGUAUGACGACUUCGCACAAAUUUUCCAUGACAAAUUUUUGGUUUUCUGGACGUUACAAUAGCUGAAACAAUAUGUCGUUGCCUAACCGCAUACAAGUGUUCAAAUUACUUACUUUGUCAAAAUUUUUGUUGACCCAAACAGACGAGCAAACCACGUUUGUUAUGACAAUUGCCCUUGUCCAAAGCUACUAUAGUAUGCUAGCUUUGGAACAUACAGUAGAAAAUUUUGGGAAAUUUGACUUUUCAGACGAGCGAAUAAAACUUGUCAUACAUGUAUGAAAGCUUGUCUUGGAGAACUUGCUCAUCUUAGGCAGAAAUUAUUCUAUAAUAAUUUAUAUUCGUACGUAGGUUCGUGACAACACAGGAGCUCGUAUUAUUUUCCCAACCAAAGACGACGAAGACCAAGAACUCAUUCAUAUUAUUGGAACGAAAGAAUCCGUGCAAGCGGCCAAGGACGAACUGGAGAAAGCAAUUAAACAACUAGUGAGUGAUUUGUGUUUGCUUCCAGAUAUGUAUUAGGUAUUGGCCUAUGGACCUAUUCCCUAAUGAACAAAAUUUUGAUCUAGACAAGUCUACAUAAAAAUUUCAUCACAGCUUGAAAGAGCAUCACAAAAUUAGUAAUAUUCCGAAGUUUCGUUGCGAAAUGUUGUAAAAUGCGGAUAAUAUAGCCCUGCGAAGUUUGCCGUUUUUCAGUCAUUUUGUAUUACGCACGGGAAAUUGAUACAGAAAGCGGUAUCAAUUUCCCGUGCGUAAUAUGAAAUUACUGAAAAACGGCAAACUUCGCAAGGCUAUAUUAUCCGCAUUUUACAACAUUUCGCAACGAAACUUCGGAAUAAUACUAAUUUUGUGAUGCUCUUUCAAGCUGUGAUGAAACUUUUGUCUAGACUUGUCUAGAUCAAAAUUGUGUUCAUUAGGGAAUAGGUCCAUAGGAUCUUCGGUGGCGCUGUCGUAAAAGCAAGCGCUUUUGAAGUUUCGCUUCUGAGAUCGCGGGUCCGAUUCUCGUUCCGGACUGAAGACAUUCCUGUGAAAAGAGUCGAUCGUCAGUGAAUGAUCUACCGAAAUUGUGGAUUUUCUCCGGGUACCCCGGUUUCUUCCCACAGGGAAUGUUGACAGGGUGGGUUGGGAUUAGCCCCAACUUAGCCUGCGCAGCAGCCGAUGCGGAUUUAUGAUAAGUAAUAAAUGAAUAGAUUACAAAUGGUAGAUCAGGGUUCGUAGCGGUCUUCGAAAUCCUUGAAAGUCUUUAAAUUCGAAUGCAGGUUUUUAAGGUCUUUGAGAAGUCUUUGAAGUGUGUGAAAAAGCGAAGAAAGUCUUUAAAAGUCUUUAAAUUCUUUAGUGAUUAUUUGAUUAUACGAUUUCCUAGCUAAUAAAAUAGAUUGAUUAAAGCAAGAUUUUCGCAAAUAUAUCGACGAAAAAGUGCAUUUUAGGAUGUGAUUUGAUGGGACUAAUUACCUGAUAAAAAUGGUGCUUAUACAUCGCAAUUUUUCGACACCUGAUUGCUCUCAAAGGUCUUUGAAAAGUCGUUGACAAUAGGCAGAAAAAAUCUUUGAAAGUCUUUGAAAUUUUUUGGUCUUGGAGACUACGAACCCUGUAGAUGAAUAUAUUGUAGAUGAUAUAUGAAUACUGAAGACUAUAGAUGGCAGAUUACUAGACGAAAGAUUAUUAGACUAUAUGGAUGAACAGAUUUAAUAUAUUCCAUUUUUACGAGCGUCUCUGCAUCAAAAUGAUAACAUAAAACUUUUUUAACAUCUAUCUUUUUAAUUCCAGGACAACAUCGUAGAAGGCGAAGUGAAUGUGGAUGUGAAACAUCACCGACACUUUGUCACUCGUCAAGGCAAAGUCUUGACUGAGAUAAUUGAAGAUUUCGGCGGGGUUUCCAUCAGUUUCCCCCGCUACGGCAGUGGCUCUGAGCGUGUCGUCCUCAAAGGAGCCAGUAACUGCGUAGAAGGUGCCAAGGAGAGAAUCAUUGAGAUUGUUAAAGAUCUUGAGUCGAUGACCACCAUUGAAGUUGUGAUACCUCAGAAACAUCAUCGCUCUUUGAUGGGAGCUAAAGGCGCCACUGUGCAAGGUUUGUGCCGAAUUCAGGAGCAGAUCUACCGUGGGGGUUGCAGGAGGGUGCGCACCCCUCCCAGAGAAGUCUAGCACCGCCCUAAAAAAUCUGCUUGACCAUAUGUUUUAUGCUUUUCGAUUAGCGGAACUUCUACUGUUAGCGCUUGUCGAUUUCUUGAAACGAUUUAAUUGAUUUGUGAGCUCACGAGAAAAUAGUCAGAAUGCUUUAGAUAAAUAUAGUUAAUUAUGUAAACAUAUCGAGGUUGUUAUACAGCCAUAUUGUCAAAUAUAUUGCUGUACUGCAACUGUCCUGUCAGUCAUACGUGAUAAAAAAGUAUAUAAACUUUAUAAACAAAAGAUAAUGUAAAACGUAACAGAACGGCGAACAUGCAGAUUCGGCCAUCUCAAGUAAUGGUAAUGUUGGGAUAGAGUAGUGUUGCAGACUGCAGAGGAGAGUGGACAGUAAGGCUCCCUCAUGCACCACCCCAUGGAAAACCUGCACCCCUAUUACAGAUGAGCCUAGAUCCGCCUCGGACAUUACUGUCUUGUGGAAUUCUUUGAUCUACAUGUAAUUAUUAUUCUAUUUGUAUUUUCAGGAGUUCAAAACCGUUGCAACGUGCACAUUAGAUUCCCCGAGCGAGCUGCUGUGAACGGCACGGAGAACGGCGACCAUCCGACGACAAACGGAGAUAGCCCGACGCCACCGGCCGAGAACGAGGAUGGCGUGAAGAAAUGUGAUAUCAUCCAGAUUACUGGCAAGGUUGAACAAGUAGAACUUGGCAAACAAGCUUUACUGGUAAGUGAGGCUUUUUGAGACUUGUUAAACAAGUUUUUCCAGUUUUCAAUCUUGCCUCGUGUCCAUUUGAAUGAUUAAACAAUGAUAAUAAUUUUAUUAGGAUCUCAUCCCGAUCACCGAAAUAGUGAAGAUACCAUUUGACUACCAUCGUUACAUCAUUGGCACAAAGGGCGCCAACAUCCGGGCAAUGAUGAACGAACAUGACGUCAACAUCCUCAUCCCGCCCGCCAAAGACGAGUCCGAUGACGUCACAAUCUCGGGUCCACGCGAUAACGUCGCGCAAGCCAUAAAUGCGCUCAAUAAACGAGUUGACGAAAUUGAGGCUGAGAACGAAGAUAAGGUGGGUGACGUUUUAGGGUAAAAACGUCUUAGCGACGUCUAGCCAGUCCAUCUACGUUGUGUGCUUGAUCUGCACAAGUUGUAAGCAGGUUGCAUACGACAGUUUUAGGCAAACUUUUUUUUAUUUAAAACUUUAUUUCAUGAGGGUAACACUUGAGAGUAAGUAAAACUACUGAUAAAUUCGUGGCCCUCCCUAUAGUUAAUAACCCGCUCACCCAACCAACCACUAGCCUACGGUGUAAGACCCCAGCAGAAACACGUUUUGUGAGGGGUCUACGAAUAAACGAAGAAAAGCUUGCCCGGCCUACGUCAUAUCCGUUCUGCUGGGGUCUACACCGUAGGCUAACCAACCACCCACUCACCUGAGAAAUUUCUAAACUCAUGGCGGACUUCUGGUUCCUUAGAAUUUGAUUAUAAAAUCUACGUUUAAAGCUAGAUAUAGAUUUCUCUUUGCGUAAAGAGACGUCAAGGGCGUUCCAGUCUUUAAUAGUUCUCACGGUGAAAAUGCGCCCACCUUCAGACUCUCUGAAGUAUUUUGGGCACACCAUGUUCAUAUUGUUGAAAUGAGUAUUUCUGCUAUGUUCAUCUGAGUUGUGUGGUCACAAGGACAUUUUUUCUCACAUUUAUUUCAUUUUUGCAGGCUCUUCGUAAUUUCCAACUGGAAGUGUUCGUGGAUCCAAAGUACCAUCCAAAGAUUAUUGGACGUAAAGGAAUCAUCAUUGACAAGAUUCGCAAAAAUCACGAGGUUCAAAUCCAGGUCCCAUCAAUGAAGUCUGGCGGGGAUGAGGGCUCUGACGUCAUAACUUUGACUGGCUAUGAGCGAAACUGUCAUGCAGCCAAGGAAGAGAUCGAGCGCAUGGUCAAGGAUCUGGUAAGGAGCGCUCUCCACCGCAGAGAGUAAUAAUGGUAGCGUAGAGAUAGUAGUGGUAACGUGACUAACGUCGGGAUAGUAGAGGACAUUAGACUCCCACUACAUUUCACUGGCUUAGUACCCAUCUGAUUGGUUAAUCGAAUACACACGCAAAAAUCCAACAAGUUGUGUUCGCACUGCUUGUCCCAAGUUAUCAACAAAGUUUGGAACAAACUGUUGACAACUCGUGGCUUGCGAGGUUACACUGAGAAUAGUUUAGAGCUGGUAAAGCUAUCCAGUAUAAAGUGGUUUUAGUUGUAGUUGACAAUAACUGAGGGCUGUUACAAUAUUGUUGAGCUGUAUUUCAAAUUAACCUGAUAUUUUUCUCUUAAAUUCUCAGGAAGACCAGACGACGGUCGAGGUAGACAUCGAUCCCAGAGUGCACCGGCGUCUUAUCGGAGCGCGUGGCGCGAGCAUUCGCAGAGUGAUGGAUGAAUACAAAGUGGAUAUCCGCUUCCCACGUUCUGAUAACCCCAAUGGACCCGUAGCGAUCAGUGGUGCCCCUGAAAACGUCGAUGACGCAAAAGAUCAUUUGUUGGUCCUGGAAGAGGAAUAUGUAAGUCGCUCUUCACGCUAUUGUAACAUGAAUAGUGCAAAGAGAAUUAGCUCGAAACAGAAGCUGGUAUAUGUUUGAAUAAAGCACAUGAGAGUUCCAUGAGUUGUGUACAAUGCCUCUUGCCCUAAAUUAGAUCUCUCAAGCAUGGUACGAUAAUUCUAAUUCCAAUAUUACGGUCUGGAACUCCUUUGUUUACAGCCACGUACUACUUAGGUACGAGAAACUCUUGCUAUCUGCGUACUUACAUUUUGCUGGUACCACAUGACUUGCCAAGGCCAAGGUAUUCAAUGCCAUAAUUUAGUUGGUAUAACAUGUGUCUGAGAUGUCCUGGCAUGAAACAUGAUUAGACUGAUGGCACUAAGAAACGUUGGAGUCGAUUGUUUGUAUAUGCAAUUGUGCUUCUUUUUCUACCUCGUAGCCUGAACGUACUUUUCAGAAACCUAUACCUUAUGUACUUUAUUUUUAAUACUACGGUACACAUUGAGUAGCGAGUUUGUACUAUUGCAAGUACGCGGCUACGACCAUUGGCGUACCAGUCACGUACGACUAAAAAUAUUGAAUUAUCACACCCUGUCUCAAGAACACCACCCCUUUGCUGGAAGACUUGUUCCAACAGCUCUUUCUAUCGUCCAGCAUUUCAACAGCUUGUGAAUUCUAACGACAAACUUGUGGACAAGAAGUUUGUUUUGUGACCUAUCGAUAAGUUUUGCUACAAAUAUGUUGCGAAGACGUCUUGUUGAAAAGAUGUGAGAAGAGAUGUUUGAACGUCGUAUCUUUUUCAUUCCAGCUUGACGAGGUUCGAGACCAACAAGAAGAAAAAGACCUCGUCAACCACUACAUGAACCCACCUAGCAAGAGCAGUGAAACGCAAAGCAAGACCUACAACCCACCACAAUUUGUUGUGCGUGAUGCCCCCUGGAGUAAGUCCUCGCCACCAAUCUCCCCCAGUCCCCCUCCCGCCGCCGUACUCAAUAUGGCCGACACUGAAGAUUUUCCCGCCAUUGGAAGCAGCGGCAAACCGUUUGCCGCAGCCGUGUCCUGGGGCCCAAUACGUCAUUAA